CGGCUGCAUUCGACCGGAAGGGGGGGCCUCUCCUAGCGUGAACCCCGACCCUUCUCUGCAGGGACUGGGGCCCAGCGCCCCAGAGGAAGGAGUCGCGGGCGUUCUGCGAGCCAAGUUCGAGGCGGGGGAGGCAGCCUCAGGCGCGCCCGGCUUCUCCGGGGGGGCGGGCGCGCAGAUGGCCACUCAGGUGGAGCCGCUGCUGCCGGGGGGCGCCCCGCUCUUGCAGGCCGAAGAGCACGGGGGGCUGGUGAGGAAGAAGCUGCCGCCGCCGCCCGAGGGCAAGGGCGAGCCUGGGGCCAACGACGUCGGAGUCGGGGAGCCGGACGGCGGCACUCGGAGACCCCGGCUGCCCUGCGCCAAGCCGUACAAGGAGGGCACCGGGCAACAGGAGCGCGAGAGUCCGCGGCCGCCGCAGCCGCCGCAGCCGCCAGGCGCCGAAGGCCCGGCCGUCAGCGACGGGGAGGAGGGCGGCGGCGGCGAGCCGGGCGCUGGCGGAGGAGCAACCGGAGCUGCGGGGGGCGGCGGGCGGCGAGACUUCGUGGAGGCCCCCCCGCCCAAGGUGAACCCGUGGACUAAGAACGCGUUGCCGCAGGCCCUGGCCACGGUGAACGGACAGUCCCCUCCAGAACCUUCUGCCCCAACCAAGGUUGUGAGGGCAGCAAUUCCUAAACAGCGCAAAGGCAGCAAGGUUGGUGACUUUGGAGAUGCAAUCAACUGGCCCACACCAGGAGAAAUAGCCCACAAGAGUGUACAGCCACAGCCCCACAAGUCUCAGCCUGCCCGUAAGCCACCACCCAAGAAGGACAUGAGGGAACAGGAGAAAGGAGAGGGGAGUGAUAGUAAGGAGAGCCCAAAAACCAAGUCAGAUGAAUCAGGGGAGGAGAAGAAUGGGGACGAAGACUGUCAACGAGGAGGGCAGAAGAAGAAAGGGAACAAACACAAAUGGGUUCCAUUGCAAAUAGACAUGAAGCCUGAAGCACCCAGAGAGAAACUGACCUCGCGCCCCUCUCGCCCACCAGAUCCUCGUCACACACCUGCCAACCGCGGGGAGAUCAAAGGGUCUGAGCCUGCUACCUACGUGCCCGUGCCCGUGGCCCCCCCCACCCCAGCCUGGCAACCAGAGACCAAACCGGAGCCUGCCUGGCAUGACCAGGAUGAGACAUCGAGUGUGAAGAGUGAUGGGGCUGGUGGGGCGCGGGCUUCCUUCCGUGGCCGUGGACGGGGGCGUGGUCGCGGCCGGGGACGCGGCCGGGGUGGCACUCGAACCCAUUUCGACUACCAGUUUGGCUACCGAAAGUUUGAUGCUGCAGAGGGGCCUCGCAUCCCCAAGUAUAUGAACAACAUCACCUACUAUUUUGACAAUGUGAGCAGCACUGAGCUUUACAGCGUGGACCAGGAGCUGCUCAAAGACUACAUCAAGCGCCAGAUUGAAUACUACUUCAGCGUGGACAAUUUAGAGCGAGACUUCUUCCUGCGACGAAAAAUGGAUGCCAGCGGUUUCCUUCCCAUCACCCUUAUUGCUUCCUUCCACCGAGUGCAGGCCCUUACCACUGACAUUUCACUCAUCUUUGCGGCCCUCAAGGACAGCAAGGUGGUGGAGAUAGUUGAUGAGAAGGUCCGCAGGAGGGAGGAGCCUGAGAAGUGGCCUCUUCCUGGUCCCCCAAUGGUGGACUAUUCACAAACCGAUUUCUCCCAGCUUCUCAACUGCCCCGAGUUUGUUCCUCGCCAGCACUAUCAGAAGGAGACAGAAUCGGCCCCUGGCUCUCCUCGGGCAGUCACUCCAGUGCCAACCAAAACCGAGGAGGUCAGCAACCUAAAGACGCUGCCCAAGGGCCUGUCUGCCAGUCUGCCUGACCUGGAUUCUGAGAACUGGAUUGAAGUAAAGAAGAGGCCUCGUCCCUCCCCAGCACGGCCCAAGAAGUCAGAGGAGCCCAGGUUCCUCCACCAGACCUCUCUGCCUCAGCAGCUGCCCUCUCAGCAGCUGAUGUCCAAGGAUCAGGAUGAGCAAGAGGAACUAGAUUUUCUGUUUGAUGAGGAGAUGGAGCAGAUGGAUGGACGGAAGAACACCUUUACCGCCUGGUCUGAUGAGGACUCUGACUAUGAGAUUGACGACCGGGACGUCAACAAGAUCCUCAUUGUCACCCAGACGCCACCUUACAUGCGCCGGCACCCAGGGGGGGACCGCACAGGCAACCACACCUCACGUGCCAAGAUGAGCGCUGAGCUGGCCAAGGUCAUUAACGAUGGGCUCUUCUACUAUGAGCAGGACCUGUGGACUGAGAAGUUUGAACCUGAGUAUUCCCAGAUCAAGCAAGAAGUUGAGAACUUCAAGAAAGUCAACAUGAUCAGCCGGGAGCAGUUUGACACUCUGACCCCCGAACCCCCUGUGGAUCCCAACCAGGAAGUCCCUCCUGGGCCACCCCGGUUCCAGCAAGUUCCCACUGAUGCCCUGGCCAACAAGUUGUUUGGUGCUCCUGAGCCUUCCACUAUCGCCCGCUCUCUACCAACCACUGUCCCAGAGUCGCCAAACUACCGUAAUGCCAGGACUCCCCGGACACCCCGCACACCGCAGCUCAAAGACUCAAGCCAGACAUCACGAUUUUACCCGGUGGUGAAGGAAGGACGGACAAUAGAUGCCAAGAUGCCUCGGAAAAGGAAGACAAGACACAGUUCAAACCCGCCAUUGGAGAGUCAUGUGGGCUGGGUUAUGGAUUCUCGUGAGCACAGGCCCCGGACUGCUUCCAUCAGCUCCAGCCCCUCGGAAGGAACACCUGCAGUUGGCAGCUAUGGCUGUACCCCUCAGUCAUUGCCCAAGUUCCAGCAUCCUUCCCAUGAGCUGCUAAAGGAAAAUGGCUUCACACAACACGUCUACCAUAAGUAUCGUAGGCGCUGCCUUAACGAGCGGAAACGCUUGGGCAUUGGCCAAUCUCAGGAGAUGAACACUCUCUUCCGCUUCUGGUCCUUCUUCCUCCGAGAUCACUUCAACAAAAAGAUGUAUGAGGAGUUCAAGCAGCUGGCUCUGGAGGAUGCUAAAGAAGGCUACAGAUAUGGUUUGGAGUGCCUUUUUCGAUACUACAGUUAUGGCCUGGAAAAGAAGUUCCGCUUGGACAUAUUCAAGGAUUUUCAGGAGGAAACCGUGAAGGACUACGAAGCUGGCCAACUCUAUGGGCUGGAGAAGUUCUGGGCCUUCCUGAAAUAUUCCAAAGCCAAAAAUUUGGACAUUGACCCCAAAUUGCAAGAAUACCUCGGCAAAUUCCGACGUCUUGAAGACUUCCGAGUAGAUCCCCCAAUGGGUGAGGAGGGCAACCACAAGCGACACCCAGUGGCAGCAGGAGGUGGCGGCGGUGAGAGCAGAAAGAGGUGCCCUUCCCAGUCUUCCAGCAGGCCCACCACCAUGAACAGCCAACCCCUCACGCCCCCCUCCGGCCAGUCCAUCCGGGAAGAUGCCAAAUGGACAAGCCAGCACUCGGACAUACAGACUUUGGGAAAGUGAAAGGCCCUUUAGCCCUGGGGUUGGGCAGGAAGGGGGUAGGUUGGGCAAGAGGCCAUGGGGGUGCCCAGUCCCAGGAGAGGGGACUUAAAAGGGAUAGGCCUGGAGUUAUUGGGACAGGCGCUCGUGCUGAGUAGUGGCAUGAAUACCAUUUGGGCUGUCAGAGGUACCUUUUUGGGCAGGAGCCUCCACAUACUCCUCCCCACUCCCCCCUCUCUCCAUGACUCUUCAUAUCCUAGCUUCUUCUAAGAGGGAGUGGGAAAGGGGGGAGAUUUUUUUUUUUAUAUAUAUAUAUAUCUAUAUAUAUAUAUAUCAAGUUUUAAAUUAUUGAUAGUUCGUCUGGAUUACCAAAAUCACUCUGUAGCCUGCCUGUGGCUGGUAGGCCGCACCCCUGGUCCCCACCCACAGCCUCUUCCUGCUCCCCUUCAGGCCAGCUAUGCAGCCCAACAAGAAGGCAUCGUGUGCCCCGUUGCCCAGCACUGUCCCAUGGAAGGCUCUGGCAGCACCCCUGGGCCCCAGGAGCACUAACCCUUUGGUCAUCUAGGGCUUGCCAUCACCGUGUUCUCUGCCUGCUGUCCCGACCACACCCUUCUGCUGUCUUCUGGGAGAAGGAAACCAAAGGAUUGAAAAGUGGGGUUUGAGGGAAGGUUUCAGCCUCUCCCCGCUCCCCUCUUCCCCAUGCCCUUACUUCCCAGCCCAGAGAGACGCUGCUCAUACCAGAAAAGACUAUUGAAAGAUGAUUUAUUUUAUUUUUCUCUGACCUUUCCAUCCUUGGAAAAAAGGAAAAAAAAAAAAAAAAAAAAGACAAAAUCGACUGUAAAAGACCAAAAAAAAAAGAAAAAGUUUUCCAGAAAACCCCCCACCUAAUCCACUGAAAAGUGAUGUCUUUCCUCUACCCUUAGGUUUUUUUUUUUUUUUUUUUUGUUCUUGGAUAUAAUAUUUUUUUAAAAGUUGCCUUAUUGUGGAGUGGGAAUCUGAAAUAUCCAAAUGCCUGUUUUCCUCGAUGGAGUCAACCUGAAGAGCUCCCACCUUCUCUGGAUGUGCCUGGGCUUAGAUUGGAUAGAAUCUUUCUCUGGACUGAGUUGCAUGUACCAUGCCUCCUGACUGGAGGCAAGAGAGUUGGGGGCAGCUCCUGUCAGAGCUGUGCCCAUAAUAUCCCUGCUGUUGCAUCGUUUGAAGCUGACGUCCUGUGUCUGUACACUGCUGCCUCUGUCGUGUCCUCGCUCUGCUUGCUGUUGUCUCAUGCCAGGCCCCAUCCUGCCGUGACACUUCUCAUCCUACCCUUGGAACCCAAAGGCCAAGUUUGCUUCAGACUGUUGGAGAACAGAGUUGGCCUGGAUUUGGAACACUCUUGACCUCAGCUUGAACGCCUCCUCCACCCCAGAGGGGAAAACGGAACGCCUGGUAGCUGAGGCUUGGCAGUGUUUCUUGUAUUGGCCUGGAAGUUCUCUGAGACCUCAAGGAGACUUUGUUCCUUGUAAAAGGUGGAGAAAGAUGCCACUUCUCCUCCCUCAGGUCUGGUGGGGUCUUCCCAGCUUGCAUCCCCCCUCUGCAGGCUAUCUCUGCCCACCCUCCGGUUGACCCUGCUUGGGAACAAGGGAUGAGGAGGAGUUGGGGGCUGGGGGGAACCCUGCCAGUGGCUGAAGCCCUGUGGCAGGAAGGUAUAUGUGGACAUAGAGUAUACCUGACUUCUCUUCUCCAGCCACUAACUGCUGGGGUUGUGAAUGACAGUGGAAUGGCUGGAGUCUACUGUCAUCAGAAGCUAGGGAGGGUGACAAAGGACUGACCCACACAGACUUUGGGAUGUGUGCUGGGUAAGGGCAUGACUGCCUGUUCACCCCCAGUGGGAACUGGGCAACAGGAGAGGAGUUUAUGGUCUUGUUGCUCACUCAAUUGCUGGAACUUCCUUGGCCCUUUUUCUCAGUUGGUUCCUUUGUUGGGCCCAAAGGUUGGGAGUAGGGGACAGUAUCCCAGGCUUGCCCUGUCUUGGGCACUUCAUUCCUUUUAGCCGGCACCUGCCUUUCCAGUGGUUGGUAUGUGGGAAGCCUGUUUCAUCUCUGACGCAGUGCUCUCGAAAGCCAAGGAUGUUAGGUGAGUGUCUCGUCUCUGCUAGGAUUGAAGGCCUUUCCCACAUUGUACCAGACAUUAGACUCUUGGACCUCCCUCCUCCUUCCCCUCAUUCCCUCUUUCUUUCCUUCAGGUCACUCAGCCCUGUACUGUAUCCGGCACCACAGAAACCUCAGUGCUUAUUCUCUGCUGGGUUUGGGAGCACAAGAAAACCUUGGAGGUGGGAAAAGGCUGCUGUUAUCUAGAGUUUAUUCCCAGGCCAGGGGCUGCCAUCCUCUUCCUGAUCCUCCCCACAGACACCCCAGAAAGAGGAAGCCCCUUUGGGGUGGUGAGGUGAGGACUUCAUCUCAGCAUAGGCUGAGGAUUAGAGGGGGGGAGGACUUUUUGUUUUUGUAACAUGUUAGGAGUUAAUGUUGCAAAGAGUAGUUUACAUCUUCACUUUCUGAAGACACUUGAAUUUAGGACCGAUUUAUCUGUGACAAGCAUGCCAGGAGUGGCAGGGCCAUCAGGACUAGCCACUUCACACCCACCAUCCUCCCUUGGGGAUCCAAGACCUGAAACACAAAGCGAACACCUUGCCCCAAACCCCUUUGUUCAUCCUCCACCUUUCCAAGGUUGGUCCAUGCCAACAUGACUUGUCGGUAUUAGACACCAGAAGGUCUAUGUGUCUCACCCUCGUAAGGGACAGGUUUUCUCUUUCACCCUCCCCUGAACUGGGAGCAAAUGCACUACCAGUACAGAAGGGCCACACAGCCCUGCCUCAGCCUGAACCCCUGGGGCUCAGAUUGUGGUGCUGAGCCCCGAUGUCAAAGUUGUUUUGUUUUUGUUUUGUUCCAUUGUAGCUCUUUUUUCCCUUUUUCCUUGAUUUUAUGACAGAAAGAAAUUAAGCUGCUCAGAAGGCCCUGGAAGUGGGGAAGAGGGGCAAGGAAGAUGGCUUAGGGAGGGUUGGGGGGAAGCUUGCCAAAAGCCUGGGUAGAGUGGCGUGGAUCAUCUGGCCGCCUCCUGAACAGGACCCAGAGUAUCUUCUGUGUGCAGGGGUCCCUGGCUUUGCCCCAGCCCCCACGCUCUCCUCUUUUGGCCCAUGUUGAUGGCAGAGGCAGAGAAGAACUUAGAGCCCGUUUCUCACUGGAGAGGAAAACUUGUCAUCUGGCUUUGCAGAGAAGGUUCCACCUUACGCUCAUAGUACAUUAUCUUUACCAUGUGCUAGAAUAUCACAUUUAAAAGGACAAAAAAAAAAGAAAAAGAAAAAACAUGUAAAAUACUUGAAUGAGCUUGUAUUAUAACAUUAAUAUUAUUGAGAGUAUCUGCUUUCCAGGCUGAAGUGAUUCAUUCAUUAUUCUAGUCCUGCUUUAGUCCUUUGUAAUUUGUGGUAAUUAUGCUUUUCUUUUUAAUACAAAAAAAAUGUAUAAAAAUAAAAACUUGAAAAGGCAAAAUA